UGUCGGUUAACCUGUAACCGCCAUUUGUGCAGCGCGAGCUUUGCUAGAGUGGCGGGCUACCGGCAGCAACAAGUUUCCUUAGGAGCGCAAUCGAGCAAAAAGAAACACGAGUUGAUACUUCGUCACGACAUUGAAUAAUAACGAGUUUCAUCGAAAGUCUUAUGUUCCAUCUUUUCUGAAACUUGAUUGGCUUCUGUGAUUCAAUUCGGCUUUUUUUUAAACAAGCAAAGAUCUGCUGAGGUUGAAGCUUUGGGUUUUCCUAAAAGGAAAGUGGUGGAAUUUGUACUGGAGAAGCAGCGAGAGGCUUUUUCGUAACUGCGCCUUCCUGUCCGAAAGUUUGCGCUGGUUUACUUUGAAUCCGUUCGCUGGUGGAGUGUCGAUUGUGUCAUGCCUACGAGGCUGGAUAACAACAUGGAGCACGGAACAGGUGACUCGAUCAAAGUCAAAGCUCACUACAAUGGAGACAUACUUAUCACUGACCUUGAUCCUGCAAUCACUUACGAUGCAAUGUGCUCUGAAGUGAGGGAUAUGUGCAGCUUACAACAGGAUCAACCUAUUACUCUGAAAUGGAUUGAUAAUGAAGGGGAUCCUUGCACAGUUUCGUCUCACAUGGAGCUGGAGGAAGCAUUCCGUCUGUAUAACCAGAAUGGAGAUUCAGGCCUCAAUUUACAUGUUUUUCCCAGCAUUCCGGAAAAGCCAGGCAUGCCCUGCCCUGGAGAGAAUAAAUCAAUUUAUAGACAUGGCGCUAGAAGAUGGCGGAAGCUUUACCGUGUGAAUGGACAUUUCUUUCAGGCCAAACAUUUUAACAGAAAGGCUUACUGUGGACACUGCAGUGAAAGGAUAUGGGGUCUAGGCAGGCAGGGCUACAAGUGUAUCAACUGCAAAUUGUUGGUCCAUAAACGCUGUCACAAACUUGUUCCUGUGACCUGCCAAAGGCAUAUGGAUCCAGUCAUGCCUUCCCCUGAACCAUCACUUGAUGACAAGACUGAUGAAGUUGACAUCCCUUCAGAAGAACCUGAUGGAAUUGUACCAUUCUUGCCACAUAGUCGGACUAAAUUAGACAGGGUCACAGAUGACUCAGAGGAUAUCAAACCAGUGGUUGAUGGUGUCGAUGGAAUCAAGAUUUCUUCGGUGCUAGGUUUGCAAGAUUUUGACCUUAUACGAGUCAUUGGACGUGGCAGCUAUGCUAAAGUUCUUCUUGUGCGCUUGAAGAAAAAUGACUGUAUAUAUGCAAUGAAAGUGGUAAAGAAGGAACUGGUCCAUGAUGAUGAGGAUAUCGAUUGGGUACAGACCGAAAAGCACGUGUUUGAGCAGGCCUCCAGUAAUCCUUUUCUAGUUGGUCUUCACUCAUGUUUUCAAACAGAAAGCAGGUUGUUUCUGGUUAUAGAAUAUGUCAAUGGAGGUGACCUUAUGUUUCAUAUGCAACGACAAAGAAAGCUUCCUGAAGAACAUGCCAGGUUUUAUGCUGCUGAAAUUUGUAUUGCCCUCAACUUCCUUCAUGACAGAGGAAUCAUUUACAGAGAUUUGAAACUGGACAACGUUCUUUUAGACUCUGAUGGUCACAUCAAAUUAACAGAUUAUGGAAUGUGCAAGGAAGGACUUGGCCCUGGUGACACUACCAGCACUUUCUGUGGCACACCCAAUUAUAUAGCACCUGAAAUAUUGAGAGGAGAGGAGUAUGGUUUUAGUGUAGACUGGUGGGCACUUGGCGUAUUGAUGUUUGAAAUGAUGGCUGGAAGAUCACCAUUUGACAUCAUCACUGAUAAUCCAGACAUGAACACAGAGGAUUACCUGUUCCAAGUUAUUUUGGAGAAGCCUAUUCGAAUCCCUCGAUCACUUUCAGUAAAAGCAGCCAGUGUCCUAAAGGGAUUUUUAAAUAAGGACCCUAAAGAACGACUUGGGUGUAAUUCGCAGACAGGAUUUGCUGACAUCCAGGCUCACACCUUUUUCCGUAGCAUAGACUGGGAACUGUUGGAAAAGAAACAGGUGACUCCUCCAUUUAAACCACAGAUCACAGAUGACUACGGCCUGGAAAACUUCGACACUCAGUUUACAAGUGAACCUGUGCAGCUUACACCAGAUGAUGAAGAUGUAAUUAAAAAAAUUGACCAAUCGGAAUUUGAGGGCUUUGAAUACAUUAAUCCUUUGCUGAUGUCUUCAGAGGAAACCGUAUGAACGAUCUGCAUUUGAAAAGUGGGACUGUUUCGCCUAGUUUGUCAAAGGUUGACUUCAGUGAGCUGUGGACUCAACUUCAAUUCUUCAGUUGGUGACAUUUUCCUAACUUACCUGCAUGCAAGGUUAUUGGAUCUGGUGCAAGUUUUCCAAGAGUACUGCAAACCAUGGUGACUGCUGCUGAGCAAUGAAAGUUAUUUCAGUGGUAAACAUCCACAAAUAGCCACAGUUCCACCUUAUUUACUGGAAAUUGAUUCAACUGGCAUUUUGUUAGUAAAGGGAAGGCUGCCUGAUCUGUGCCUGCUUCCAAGAAGGAAUAUUUUCUUUUCAUUCCCUCAAAAUAAGGAAUUGUAUGAUGGCUUCUGUGAAGGAACUUGGAGACACUGCACUUUUCUCUCUCUUUAUAAGUAGACGUUCAGAAGUUUGACCUCGAGAAAGAAUGUACUAUAUUAGCUGGAUAGUAGUAUGGAUAACUACACUUUAACCUGUCAUUGCCUUUGGACAACUGGCUAAUGUGAUUUAUGAACCACUGGCUCUAACUUAUACAGAAGCAAUAAUAAACAAAAAAAAAGUUGUUUUAUUGGAUAAUAAUAUACACUUGGAUUAAUCUGACAUAACAUUGUGCAGUGGAGACCUAAUCCAGAAAUACUUUUAUUAGCUGCUGAAUCAUAGAUUAUCACUAAUUGCUGCUAUAGUAUAUAAUGCCAUGGAAUAUCUGGACUUCAAUCAAAAAUCAGUGUUUUUACCUUAUACAAUAGUGUGACACGCCUGUACCCGAUCUGUGUUCAUGAUCAAUCAUAUUGUUUUGUUUUAAAUCUGCACUGUAGAUUACAACUAAAACUAUACGCUAACCUGUUUUUAGCUGUUUGUUAGAGUUAGCCAACAUCACAGUUUGGAACUAAUUUCCAUUUAGUUCUGUGAUUGAGAGUGGAAUUUGUCACCUGCAAAGAAAUUCAGAACAUAGUAGCAUAAGUCUUUAUAUUGAUAAAAAGUAAAUUAAGCAUGACAAAAGGGGAUCUUGCGUGUUAGAAAUGGUUACCCUGCUUUAUACUGCAUUUUAAAAGCUUUAUGUAGUAUAGACCAUCUUUUAACCCUUGAUUUAAUGUCGCAACUAAUGCCAAAUUAGUGGGCACUUGAAGGUUGAUCUGAACCCCUAAUUUCUAGAUUUCGGGCUACCAACAAACCAGCAAAAGAAAGCAAUUUUAAUUUGUAGCUAUCUUGUCCAAAAACCAAUGAAGUGACAUAUUAAAUUUAUUUCUCCAUCUCAAAUUAGGUUUAUUUCAGCAUCAGCUUUUUUUUCUAACUGGCCGUCAAAACCUACAUUUAAUAUAAUGUACAGUUUACUUUUCUCUUGAAAUAUAGCCUGUAAUGCAGAAAUUAGGGUAUUCCCAAAUGUGGAUUCCAAAGAUUUGUUUUGAGACAGUAAAGUGCCUAAUUAAGUUUUCUGAACGGGUCAAACUUGUACUCUAUUAGUUAUCACCAGAAUCCAGGGUCAUGAUCUACAGGGAUAUAGGAAAGAACAAAAUAUCAGGAUUGUUGGUAGUGGAUAGUGGAAUUGCGACAACAAUGUAUAUACUUUAUUUGCAUGUUAUUUUUGAUGUGUUUAAUCUACUAAAAGGAGAGGGUGACUGCCCUGCAUCUUAUGCUCAAGCGGGUAAAAUAUUAAUAUUUUAUAGUAUUGCAUUCUCCAUUUCCCUGCCCUAGUCUGAGGAACAAAAUAAGCUAUUGACGUAAUUGGUAAAUAACUGGUUUUCCUGAGCAUUCUGGAAUAUAAAAGCUCUAACUUUUACUCUGUAGAAAUUAUGAAUUUAAUUUGUUUUAUUGUGCAUCAAAGCCUGCUGCCUCAACUACUCAGCGCUGGCUGCAAGAAACUCCCAGAACAGUUGUUGAUUUUUGUCUGUUAAUUACAUAUAUUUUCUUUCUCCCACAUAUGCUCAAUUUUAUUUUUACAUCCCAUUCACAAAAUAUUGCACAAUUAAAAGGAAAUAUUCCCAAGGCUGGAAAACCUUACACCAAAAUCAUAAAAUACUGUGCAAUAUGCAAUAGAUCCACAAACAACAGAAUGAGACACUACAUUUUUUUACACCCAAAAUUUUUACCUUCUUUUCUAGAUUUACAUUUCUGUUCUUUACAAAUCUGCUUUUUUUUUAAAAAUUAAAAGAAAAAUCAAUGUACAGAAGCCUUGUUUUUAUGCCUGCUUAAAUGCACUUUACUCAAACCAUAAAUCUAAACUUCUGGAAUUGGAUUAUAUGAGUGCAUAUGCUUUCACCCACUCCUUUUAUUUAAAUCAAAUUAUCCAUGGCAUUGUAUAUAAUAGCUGGCACUGCACAGAUCUUAGCUAAUCAGAUCUCCAGGAUUACCCAAUAUUAAGUCAGUUUCCAAUUUUGAUUGUCUAUAUAAAGAUUGAAGUGUAAAGCAGUGGUUUCUUUCUGUUGCCAAAUUCACUACCAUUUGCAAGUUCAUUCUUUUCCAUUUUUGCUAUGUAAAUGUGCGUGCGUGUCAUUGAGACUGAUUAUAUUGUGCUGAGGGGAAAAAAAUUAUAUUUUAAGUAUUCCAUUUUUUAAAAUUUGAAUAUUAUGAAGGAUGUGAUUGAAAUAUGUGCUAUUAUCUUUCCACGGUCAGGCUAAAUGGAUAUAUAAUCUCCAAAGGCAUUAUUGAUGAAGGGGUGCAAUUGUUCAGUUUUCAAUCAGAGCAAAUCCUGCAAAGAAUGUGUGAUCCUUACUUCUCUUUUUAAUGACUAUAAAAAUACAAAUGACAAACAAGCACAGAGUCAAGGCUACUUGGACUCCAAAUUCUACUGAUUUUUUUGUUAAAACUGAAAAUACUGGAAAUGCACAAAGUCAAGUCAGCGUUUAAAAGAGAGAGGCAGAUUACUAUUUUACGUAGAACUCUUGAUUUUUGUGAAAUAAUUACCUUCUAUGGCAAAGAUCAUUAACAGUAAGCUUAUCUCUAAUACGAAACCUGUGAUCCCCUAUCAGCAAAAUGGUUAGAAAACGUACCAAGUAUUUGACUGGCCAAAAUACGUACGUAUCACUUCAAGUCUCCCAUUAAUUCUGCCAAAUUUAUGAACCAAUUGCAUUUUCAAAUAAAUUUUCUUCUAACCCCCAUGUCUUUUCAACCUAUUCAGAUGAGAACAACCACAACUAAUCAAUUUACUCCCGAACACAUACAAAUCUGUUGUUAGCUGAGUAAAAUAAUGCUAGCAUUGGCAUUGCCAAGAAUAAGGCAUCACUGGGUUCAUUUCAUGUCUUUGCCAAUGAAACAUAUGCAAUUUAUAUUUUAACACCUAAGAAAACCCAAGUCCAAAUGGUGCACUAACACAAAUAUUGCUUGCAUUUCACCCAUCAUAAAUUCAAGCAUUUGUGAGAGAGGACCACGAUAUUAAAAGUCCGCAACAAAACUUCCAAUCAUCAUAAGUUAGGUGUGAUUGUACAACAAAAUAUUUGAUGUAUAGUCCAGUUCUACAGUACAACUUUGAGCCUUUAUUGUUUAUUAGAGAAAUUAAAACUUCAGUCAAAUGAAUUCUGUAGCUAUUUAUUUAAAAGUAAAAAUCUAAGCACAAAAAAGUUGCCUUUUUUGGCCCAUUCUCUCUCUUUGCUGGCUCCAUUCCAAAACCGCCUGCUCUACGUUAAUUAACGGAUAUAUUCCAUAUGUUUGUUUAUUAAAAAUGAUUUUUUCCCCUCAAUGACUCACCAUUUAUUUAAACAAUAAAGAUGCUGCAUUUACUCCAACUGCCGCAAUUUGUUCAUAUGCCUGUAUAUUUUUUUCAAAAAUUACUUAAACUCUUCAGAACUGUUUUACUACUAUUGCAAUAUAUUUUGCUGUCCUUAAACUGUUUCAUAUACCACUAAGAUCUGUGAGCUUCCAUUUGCUAAUGAUCAAUCAUCAUAAAGGAAUAAGCAGAAUAUUUGGGAGAUGGUUUGGAAUGAAGGAGAAAUGUUGCAAAAGAAAUAAUAACCUGCAACUUGGUCUGCCCCAAACCACCUGUUCACACUUCAUUUUGGAAAACUAAAUUUGUAACCUGUCUACAGAAUACUUUGUGUGGUAAAUUGCAUUGGGACUCUGCCUGAGGAAAUAUAAAUCAGUUUAGUCUGACCUAUUAAAAAUCUAAUAAUUCUGGUGCAAGUGUACAGUGGUCUAAAUUUGAUUAGUCCUUAAUGAAAAAUUAGAGCUAAUUUAAUGAUUGUAAAAUAGUGAGAUGUUCAUUGUAGUUAUUUUGUAUAUGGCAGUUGAUUUAUGGGUGUGAAUUGUACUGUUCUUGCCUAUUCUCAUAAAAAAAAAGCCAACUUUAAAAAAAUGA